UUAUGCGUAGGAGGAAGAUAUAUCCAUUCCACACCCCGGAAGAACAAACCACCACCAAACUACUACUCUCCUUAUAAUAAUCCUCCCCGAUCAAUGGACCCGUCCAGCGAUGGUGGCUAAAGAACUCGCCGAGUAAAUGAACCAAAAGCAAAGAAGCAGAACACCACCUCCCACCUCCCUCAUCAUUACUCCAACGUUCUCGACACUCCCAGUCCCCGCCUCUCUCUCUAUCUUUGCUUUCCUUCUUUUUGUACAAUCUCUCUUUCAUGGCGGAAUCGCGGGAGUAGAGAAGGGGAGGAGAGUUUCCGUGAUAAAAGCGGAGAAACUUGGCUCCUGUUUUUACCUGACAUGACAAGCGGAGUACCCGGCAACAACAGCGUCUAAUGGGCUCUCGGGUUCGCUGCUGCUUGUCGUGAAGGCGAUUCCUUCUUGAGUUAUCUCGUUUGGCGUGGGAAAGGACGGGACUUGGCAGUGGGGGGGGUGAUUGGAGGAAGUGAGGGAAGGUCUCUUCUGCUGCUGUUUGUUAUCCUCUUGUUAGGGUUUGGAAGGGUUUUAAGCUGCUUCAUUUUGGAGCCGUGGAGUUUUUGUUGGUAUUUUCCUGCUUGAGAUAUAUGGCGGAAGGAGGAGCCAAGGUCCGGGUGGUACGGUGCCCCAAGUGCGGGAAGCUUCUGCCGGAACUCCCCAAUUUCUCUGUCUACCGAUGUGGUGGUUGCGAUGCUACUCUCCAAGCAAAGAAGCAAGUUCCAGUAUCAGAAGCUUCACUGGAGAAAUCUGAUGAAGAAAAGGUCAGCUAUCUUGAGGUCUCGGAGAGUGCCGGUGAGAAGAAGGGGGUGGUUUUUGAGGCAAGCUUAGUGGCCGUUCUUAAGGGCGAUAGAGCUGAGUUGAGGAGGGAGGACAUAUUAAUGCAAGACAAAGGGACACCUUCCCACAGUGAUUCUGUCUCUGGAAGUGAAGUGGGUGCUGUCUUGAAGGAAUCCAACACCUCAAGAAUGGAUGAUCAUCCCAAAGAAAGCGAAAUAGAGGGCAGGGGUGAUAGUUAUCAGCUCCAAUCUAAAGCACCAGUCAGCGAAGGACAACACAAACGACUAGCUGAAUGCAACAAUGGGCCUCACAGAGCUCGGCAAACACAAGUCCAGGAAGAUGAAGAGAGGGACAGAGAACCCAGGGUUCCAAUUGAUGGCAUUCGGCCUGCUCCUUAUCCCGAUGAAGGUCCAUCUGACUACCAUCAGAAUCCAAGAUAUAGAUAUGGUGAUGGUGAGCAUGAUCUCAGGCAGAAGGGAGCUGGCUACCUCAAUCAAGACCGAGUGGAGCUUCUGAGAAUGCUUGAUGAAUUGAGAGAUCAGGUGCAAAGAACUUGUGAAGUCACAAACAAACAAAAUGCUUCUCCUCUGAACCAGAUGACAAAUUCAAGUUCUUCUGGCCAUCGGGGUGCCUGGUUUCAUGAAAGCUCUGCAUCAUUGAACAGGAAUUCUUCUCAGAGUUCUUCAUUUUUGAGCACACAGAACAUGGACAUGUCAAACUUUCAUUCUACUGUGCCUGCACAGAAUGAUGUUCCUGGAUUUGGGCAGCUAAUAUUACAUGGAAGAGCCCCCUUUCACCCACCUGGUCACUACACUCACAGGCAGUGUGACAGUUAUGAACGGUUCGAUCCUUAUCCUGUCGUCCCUUGUCAUCAUGAUGGUUUUUAUCAUCGACCUGCAUGCCCAUGUCCACAUUGCUACCAGAGACAAUUCUCAUUGCCUGUGCAGUGCCCACCUACUGUUUUCAGUCAUCAGGAGGCUCCUUAUUUCGUCAACAAUCAAGGAUUCUACCCCAUGGAGGGUCCCUCCAUUUUUGGUGGAGGAAGCUAUAAUUCAAGAGUUGCAAAUCAUCCUUUUCAUUCACGUGAGCCGCAAACCCACCAGAGAACCAUUUUCACUAAGAAGGUUGGGCGUUCUUGCCAACCCAUCGCCGGUGCUGCCCCCUUUGCCGUAUGUUAUAAUUGUUUUGAAUUGCUGCAGCUACCUAAAAAGUCUUUGCUGGUGGAGAAGAAUCAGUUUAAGCUGCGGUGUGGGUCGUGCUCUAGGGUAGUCUCUGUCAAGCUUGAUGGAAGUCGACUUGUUGCUUCUUCAUCUGCACCAACCUCACAUGUAUCUUCUGAAAAAAACACUGAUAGCCAAAGCAAUGGCAUCCAGUCCACAGAUGAGAAGAUACUUUUGCCUUACAGUUUUGAUGUUUUUGAUCAUGGCUUAGUAGAAAAAGAGAAUGGUUUGAAUUUUAGUGAUUCAGAUAAAAUGCAAGGACUGUCCUCAUCCUCCAGCAUGUCUGGGAAUGUGGAGAGCCCGGAAAGUGUGAUUUCUCAUAAAGAUGCCCCCAGCUCUGGAGGGACCCCCGUGGAAGCUGAAGUAACUUCACGUGUCCCGAGUUUACCGCUUCGUGAGCAUUUUGGGUACUCAUUGUCUGAUCAAGUAGUUGAUGGGCCUGGAAAGGGAAGCAGGAGUCAACGCUCUGAUCAAGAGAGGAGUAUAUUAUUAAAUGCAAAUUUGAAGCAAAACUCAGUAAAAGAUGUACCCGUGGCAACUGAAAUGGAUUUGUCAUCUGAUGAAUAUCCAACUGCUGGUUUAUCUCAAGAUUCUUGGGACAUGAUAGGCAAAGACGAAGUUCAAUCUAAAGUUGUCAAGGGUGGUGACUCAUUCCUUGCUGGCCUUAUAAAGAAGAGCUUUAGAGAUUUCUCUCGAUUCAACCAAUCAUUGGGGCAUGGCAGAGCUAAAGUUUCAAUUAAUGGUCAUCCUAUUCCGGAUCGAUUAGUUAAGAAGGCUGAAAAGCAAGCUGGACCGAUCUGUCCUGGUGACUAUUGGUAUGACUACCGUGCUGGAUUCUGGGGUGUAAUGGGGCAUCCAUGUCUUGGCAUAAUUCCUCCAUUUAUUGAAGAGUUCAAUUACCCUGUGCCCAAAAAUUGUGCUGGUGGCAAUACUGGUGUCCUUGUUAAUGGGAGAGAGCUUCAUCAGAAAGAUUUGGAUUUGCUUGCUGGUCGAGGUCUGCCAACUACUGCAGGUCAAUGUUAUAUAAUUGAGAUUUCUGGGAAAGUUUGGGAUGAAUCUUCUGGUGAAGAGCUAGAUAGUCUUGGCAAGCUUGCACCAACAGUUGAGAAAAUGAAACAUGGAUUCGGCAUGUGGGUUCCAAGAGACUAUCUGUUGGUACAGUUUUGAUGGUGACAGGCAUUAUGUAAUCCACAAAGGUCUCAAUCCCUGCAGACGUGUAACUCAGCAUCUUGAGGUUGUGUAGUCCUGGAGAUUGAUUAAGAUGAUCUCAAUGAUACAUCUUCAUAUAAAGCUACCAGAAAUCUUCUGGGUACCAUUAUAUCUCGGUCUGGCAUUUUCCUAUCCUCAGCACUUGCUCGAUAUGUUGAAGUCUUUCCCAUUUUAUUCUUUUCUUUUUUCUUGAGUUCUCUGUUAAAUUUGUUUUUGCGCCUUCUUUAGGAAACAUUGAAGUCAGAAUAGUUUGGUUGUGAUAGUUUUCAUUAGUGUGCAUUUGUUGUAUCUAUGUUUAUUGUCAAUUUGGGCCGUUGAGAUGUGUUUCGGAUUUCAUGCUCAUGAGAUCUUCACCAAGUUUUCUGAUGCAAAAUAGAAUUUAGUUUCCUGAUGGUGUCUUCUGACC